AUGUCGGACUGGAAAGGUAUCGUCAAGAAUGGCUGGCACCCUGAGAAGGAAGGGACCUCGCUCAAGGACCAAAUGAAAGGCCUUAUCGGACGAGGAGACAAUUCAUCGUCUCCUACUUCUAGUAACCACUCGGCCAUGCCGAUAACCUCAUUACGUGAUCCAUCGUCUUUCGGUCCUCCCCCGAAGCAUGUUGGAUCUGGGGCUACACCGCAACAUCAACAUCAACCACACGCCGAACAAACUCACGGUGUCCAACAACACGAUGAAUCUCCCGUAGAAGCUAAGCCAUACCAAAUGAAUACCACCGGAUUAUCAACAUCACAUCUCCCACCGCCUCCCGGACGAAAAGGCAGCCCCCUAGCGCCUCCUCCGUCUUUGACAAGACUGAGCGUUCCACCCUCGCUACCCCCUCGACUUCCGCCUCGAAGUGGAAACACGUCUCCCGUCCAGAGUCAAAGCCCUGUUUCCGCCGGCCGCCAAUCCCCCGGCUUCUUGAACCAGGGAGCCAUCAGCCGACUCAGCGCCGCAGGGAUUUCGGUGCCGGGACUAGGAAUCGGAAAAGCGCCCCCACCGCCUCCCAACCGCUCGCCUAGCAAUUCUCCAUCCGGAGGUUCAUCGCCGACGAAAACAUCCGGCGGACGAUUCAGUAACCUACAGAACCGCCUCUCUCGUUUUGGCAGUAGUUCUCCCAAGCCAGAACCUGCCGCUGCGGCCGAGGAAACGGGACCGGCCCCGUCCCCGGCAGUCCCAACAAAGGGCACGAGCUGGGCAGAGAAGCAGGCAGCGUUGAAGACGGCAGCAAAUUUUAAGAAAGACCCUAAGUCUGUGUCGUUUGCAGAUGCAAAGGCGGCUGCUAGCACAGCACACAACUUUCAACAGAGGCAUGGUGAACAAGUGGCAUCCGGGAUGAAGACGGCAAAUAGUUUAGGACAACGAUUCGGGAUGUUUGAAAAUAAUGGACAUAAUGGCCAAGCAUCGACAUCACCAAUUGGUCAAAUUUCAAUCAUUGCUGGAAAGAAGCCACCCCCUCCUCCACCAACGAAGAAGAAGCCCCAGUUGCCCAUGAUGGGCAAUGAGACGAGUGCCCCGGCUCCACCCCCUAUCCCGAUAGGUACGAGACCGAGAUUUCAGUGA